UUUGUGAAUUAUUUUCGUCGCUUUUUCCAGAUUUUUCAAAUACAUAAUUCUGUGGCAGCCCUGUGCAUUUUUCCUACUCAAAAUCAUCAAUCGAGAUUUCAAAUGCCUAACUCAACUAGAAAUUAUUAAUUAAAAAUAUUCAGUCUCAUACAAUCUCUCUAAAAAGUUUCUCCCUUGAGACUGUUACUGAUAAUAAAGGUAUUUGCGCAAUCAAUUGCCUCACAAUAGAACGCACUCUGGAAUCUCUUUUCAAAACGACUGAAGUUAAGCUUAGGUGAGUCGCAAGGUAAUUUAUUUUAAAUCAAUUCCCCGUAUUCUCAACUCUCCUUAUCUUUCCCAGGUCUGCGCAUAUUUCAUAGAGCAUGGAAGAAAAAAAUAAAGUAGACCUCGAGGCUUCCCUCAAAUCUGAAAAGUCGAAAAAUUCUCUCAUCGUUCAUCUUUUGAUAGCAACAUUUGGAAUUUCCGCAUGGAUCGGAAUUAAUUCAAUCUUUGUCGAAUUGCCACUUUUGGUGAAUUCGCUGCCAGAAAAAUGGAAUUUGCCGAUGUAUUUGGUUAUUAUGAUUCAAGUCGCAAAUAUCGGUCCAAUGGCGUACAUCCUGGCGCGAAAAUUUAAUUUUAAUUUUCCCGAAUCCUAUUUGAUUUUUGCAUUGUUGCUUUUAGGCGCUUCCAUGAUGUCUCUUCUCGCAUUUUUUUAUAAGAAAACAUUGUUUUUUCGGGGGAAGGAAUACAGCGCGGUACUUUUUGCUGCAACUUUUUUCACGGCUCUCGUCAACUGCUCAAGUUCUUUGCUGUUUAUGCCCUACCUUCGUCACUUUCGAGAAUCCUAUUUAGCUUCUUAUUAUGUGGGUGAAGGAUUGAGUGGCAUUAUUCCUAGUGCAAUUGCUUUAAUUCAGGGUACUGGUUCGCAGUGUGAUUCCGAAAAAAUCGAGAGAUUCUCUCCGCAAUAUUAUUUCAUCAGCAUCUUUAUCAUUCUUCUCUUCUCAUUAAUUGCAUUUUUACUUUUGGACAAUCUAGAACUUGUUGCGAGUGAGAAAGUGUCGGAAAAUACUGAGAAUGUCGCCAGGAAAGAUGAGAAUUUAAAUCACAAAUUUGAAUCAACUUUGAGAAUUUAUUUUUACAUUUUAUUGGGUUUGAUGUGUCUUUUGGCGAAUGGAUUUUUACCAGGGAUUCAGUCUUUUUCUUCUUUGCCCUAUGGAAAUAUAACUUAUCACUUGACAGCGACACUUUCUUUACUCGCAAAUCCAAUCGGCUGUUUUUUAGCGGUUUUUUUUCCGCCGAAAAGUUGGAAAAUAAUAAACUGGCUGUCUACAGUGACGUUUCUCAAUUGCAGCCACGUUAUUUAUCUCGCGUUUGUGUCUCCAAGACCACCUUUGCAGUAUUCUGUAGUCGGAAAAGUUUUCGUCAUUUUAUCUUGGAUUCUUCUGAUAGGCCUUAUCUCUUACGUAAAACUGGCUCUCGCGUCCAUAUUCAGACACGAAGCUCAUAGUGGGAAUUUAUUUAGAAUUGGUAUUGUAAUGCAAAUUGGAUCAGCUUUUGGCGCUGUACUUUCCUUAAUUUUAAGCAGUUUUACGAAGCUCCUGGAAUCUUACGAUUCAUGUAGCGAGGAUACAUUCCCGAGCUAAAUUAUUAUCAGUUUAAAAAAAAAUCGGAUUGUCUAGAGAACCGGGAAAUUGGGAAAAUCCCGGGAAUUUUAUUCAGGAUUCUGAUUUUUUUUUUAUUUAUUGCCAAAAUUACUUUUUUCUACUUUUCCUUUUUUUAUUGGUUAGCCGAGAAUCAGAAAGAGAAAAAACUGACGAAUGGCCCUCUUUUCUACACAGAAUAAUUUUUUUUAAUAAAAAAAAUAUUAUCUGCUCAGAAUUAUAUUUUAAAAUAGAAAAAAAAUGUUUUCUCCGCAGAAUAAUAUUUUUAAAUACAAAAAUAUUUUCUAAACAGAUUAAUCGUAAAUAGUUAUACAGAAAAUAUUUUAAUGAAUUUUAAUUUGUUUAAAUACGCAUUUUGUCGCGAAUGAAAGGACUGGAUUUUUUUAUUUUUAAGUUUUUUUUUCCAAUGAGCCUUUUUAAUAAUAAAAUUUUAAAACUGAAAUACAUUUUUUCAUGAAUUUAAUUGUUUUUUACAACAUAAAUCGUCGUCUGCAAAUAUUACUUAAACUGUUUGAAAUUUAUUAUUUCUUCUUUAAUAAUAUUUAAUUACAAAUUGAGACCCGUUCGGUAAUAAUGUUCUUUUUCUUUUUUUGGUUUCAACGACAAAAAGUGUCGAUUUCUGGAAAUUUCCCAAUCGAUUCAUUGAAAAUUGACGGAAUUAGAUAUUUUAUUUUAAUUGGAAAUUCAUCUCUUUGGUUGAAAUUUUACUAUUUUGUUAAAAAUGUUGUUUUUUUAUGGUAAAAAAUUC